AAUUAUCAUUAUUAUUAUUAACGCAUAUUACGUACGUGACGUUCGCACGCAUCCGACAAUUUUGUUCUCGAUAAUUCACUCGUCGUCCCGCGUUACGAUUCCGCUGGUUAUCACGUGACGGACACCGUCCACCGCAUCCGAUACGGCUCUAUCAUCGGUGAAAGGAUAAUCCGCGAUGACCCUUGACGCGCGGCGAACUGGCUUCGACCAUGCUGGCUCGCCCGUUUGUCCCGAUUCGGUCUCGGCUCGAUCUCGACGGGCUAACAAAGUCGGAUCCAAACGCGGAUCUGGUGCGAGCGCGGCCCGAAGGUCCUGUUUUCAGAGUAAUCGCGGGGAUGACGCGCGUGCUCUUAUCACGCACCACGGCGAGAAACCACGCACGAGAGGUCGCAACGCAAUAUUAUCUGCACGACAAUGUUUCUCCUAUCUUUUUCUCCUUUUUCUCCCGAUUGAUCUCGCCGUAUGCAACGCGCGAAUCAACUCACGACACGUCGUUCGCGCGCGCCCUUCGUCCCUGCGCCCUUCUGGCUCGAUUGUUCUCACCCUGAGGCGCCUCUUCUGCUACACUAUUCCACUACUUUGCCAUCGAUGUAUUAUCACGGUAUCCGACCGAGUGCAAGAGGUACGACGGGAAUGACGGAGAGAGCGAACUCCGCAAGGACGAGCUUGCGUCUGUUGGCACUGGUCUGGUUGUCCUGCGCCAUCAGCUGUGAGGUCUUCGCUGCCGCUCUACCGGUACCCUUGGCGUCGGACUUCACGUACGGGGAUCUCGUCGCCGCGGACCCGGAAAGUCUCAUGUUGCUGAACCGUCUGAAGCAAGUGACGGAACAGAAGCAUCGAUUAGUCGAGCAGGAGCACGAGAUCACCGACGAGCAGAUCAAUCUCGAGGCGGUACUGCAGGCGAAAGCGAUGGAACAACAGCGCAAUCAACCGGACUACACGGCGGAGGAACCCGAGUCGGAACCAGAAGCCGAGCCGGAAGCGUUGCCAGUGCCCGCGGCGAUGGUCCACCGCGGUCAGCAACAGCCGCCGACAUCCGGCAAGCGGAAGCCAAGCACUUACAUGUCGCUGUGCCACUUCAAGAUCUGCAAUAUGGGACGCAAGAGGCAAUCGCAUUAGAGACGGAGGCAGUCGCGGCAGUUGAAAACGCGGUGGGCCGGCGCGACGAGGACCGGGCCGAGGAGACCUCAUUGUGCUUUAAGAAACACAGUAAAGAUAAAACACAAUAAUAAAACACAGCUUGCAACGGUGAAUUGAA